AUGGCCGAUUUAGGGGGUCAGCAAGGCCGGAACUACCGGCCUUACGGGCAUCCCUCCGCUUUUCAACGUGAUGCUGCAUUUUCCGAGAUUUUCGGCGGAGCACCGGGACGCUCGCAGACGAUGACCUCCCAGACUCCCCAGUUCUCUCAAGAUCGGGCCCAUACCAUGUCUUCACACGUGCCCCAUCCGCAAAUGCAGAGGGGUCCGCCACCACCCGCGCGCCAGAUGCAGAAUGGAUACCCCCCGGGCACCCCCAACGGUUAUUAUCAACCGUACGGCGGAAGCGCAGCUACAAUGACCUCCCAGCACCCUUCCCAGAAUCCUCCCCGACCCUAUCCCGGGCGCUCUGCUUACCCUCAGCCGCAGAGGCUUGAUUCGAGGCCGAACCAUGGGCCACAAUAUCCGGAUGCAAAGGGUUAUGCUCGACAAGUGCCCCACCCGGCCCUCAACUCCGACGCUUACAGAUCAAGGUCAAUGGCAAGAUUGGGAGGGCCACCGAUAUAUCAGCCACCAUCCAGUGGCUUCAACCACACCUCGGCAACCUAUUCCCGUCAACAGCCCUAUAAUCCAGGCGCCGCCCCUAUGACACCUCAGGGACGUGUGGUUCCGGAGAGGAAUCAGAACGAGCGCUCCAUGUCAUUGACCACUUACUCCACUGACCGCGACCACGCUCAUACAACACAAACUGGACGGGUCAUUCCUCCCAGGCGACAGCCUUCCGGCCCUAGCCCACCCCCGGAAGCUUCGUAUCCAGCGGACGUGAUUAAUGCGUAUGAGGUCAACGGAAAGUCUCGUCCCCCUAGCGAUGGUUCCAUGAACUCCCGCACCAUGUCCAUGGCAUCCACUGUUGUUCCGGAUCGUACUAUGAGCAUGCAAAGUCAAAUUGCUCCGAAACCUAGUAACACGUCGACUCUUGUCCCAAGCAAUUCCCGUCGGAGUAAGGUACCGCUAGUUUACCCAGCCCUGCUUUCGAAAGUGGCCGAUGUCUUCCGUGAGAGGAUUACGCUCGCUGAACGGCAAAAGAACGGAUUGUCGUAUCAGAAUGCGUUCUCCGGUGCAGAGGCGGUCGAUUUGAUCGCCUACAUCAUCAAGACUAUGGAUCGCAAUUUGGCUCUGCUGCUGGGACGCGCUUUGGAUGCGCAGAAGUUCUUCCACGAUGUGACAUAUGACCACCGUCUGCGAGAUGCUCCCGGUGAGCUUUACCAGUUCAAAGAAACCAUGGGGGAGGAAGCGCCCAGUUCGGAGGUAAAUGGAGUGUUCACGCUAUUGACUGAAUGCUACUCGCCGACUUGCACUCGCGACAGCUUAUGCUACUCGAUUGCCUGUCCUAGGAGGCUAGAACAGCAAGCUAGAUUGAACCUCAAGCCACAACCGGGACUCCGUUCGUCUGCCUCCAAGGGCAGUUUGCACGGAGACGAUGAUGAUAAUGAUAACCAGAAGUUGUGGAUUAAUAUGGUCCCUAAGGAGAUUUCUGAUGGCAUUGACGACCGCGAGAAGAAACGCCAGGAGAUCAUUUUCGAGAUUAUGUACACCGAGCGCGACUUCGUCAAGGACCUCGAGUAUCUACGAGACUUCUGGAUGAGGCCACUGCGUUCGGCAGGCAAUGCUAAUCUUUCGCCAAUUCCUGAGCAUCGACGGGAGAAGUUCAUUCGCACGGUAUUCGGAAACUGCUUGGAAGUCUUGAAGGUCAACGGCGGACUAUGUGAGGCUCUGAACGCACGCCAGAAGGAGAAUCACGUCGUUAAGACAGUCGGCGAUAUCUUCCUGCAACACGUGCCACGCUUUGAUCCAUUCAUCAAGUACGGUGCAAAUCAGCUCUACGGAAAGUACGAGUUCGAGAAAGAAAAGGCAUCAAACCCGGCUUUUGCGAGGUUCGUUGAGGAAACAGAACGUCUCAAAGAGUCACGGAAGCUGGAAUUGAACGGUUACCUGACCAAGCCCACCACUCGUCUGGCAAGGUACCCCUUGCUUCUGGAGCAGGUUGCCAAGAACACGGCGGACGAUAAUCCUGACAAGCAAGACAUUCCCAAGGCUAUCAAGCUCAUCAAAGAUUUCCUGUCCCGCGUCAAUGCUGAGAGUGGAAGGGCUGAGAACCACUUCAAUCUUGUGCAGCUCAAUUCAGCCUUGAAGUUUCCCCCGGGCGAAUAUGUCGAUCUGAAGCUGACGGAAGAGAACCGUCAGAUGCUGACGAAGAUGGCUUUCAAGAAAACGCCAACUGACAGUUCUGAAGUUACUGCAUACCUUUUCGAUCAUGCGGUUCUCCUGGUGAGAAUCAAGAUCGUGAACAAGCGAGAAGAGUACCGAGUUUAUCGGAAGCCCAUCCCUCUCGAGCUUCUGGUCAUUGCUCAAAUGGACGAGGUGAUCCCUAGGGUUGGUGUCGCUAAGAGGCCCUCCUCUAGUCUGCUCUCCAACAAGGCUGCUGCAAACCCGCCCACGACUAAAGAUGGCCUUCCCAUCACUUUCAGGCAUCUUGGUAAGGGGGGAUAUGAGCAGACUCUGUACGCCACUUCUCCUACGCAAAGAAGGAAAUUCAUCGAGAUGGUGGAAGAGCAACAACGGAAACUUAGGGAGCGGAACAGCAACUUCUAUAAUAAGACUGUCCUUUGCGAGAAGUUCUUUACCUCUGUCAACCGGGUGAAUUGCCUUGUUCCGGUUGACGGUGGCAGGAAGCUCGUCUAUGGUACGGACAGCGGCAUUUACUUGUCUGAGCGUUGGCCUAAGGAUAAAUCGGCUAGGCCUAGACGAGUUCUUGACGUGAGCCAGGUUACGCAAAUGGACACCUUGGAAGAGUAUCAACUACUCUUGGUCCUGUCGAAUAAGACGCUCUCAUCCUACCCAAUGGAGGCCUUGGAAAUUAGCGAAAGUCAGAACACAGUCGCAAAGCGUCCCAAAAAGAUCCAGGGACAUGCCAACUUCUUCAAGGCAGGUAUUGGACUGGGUCGUCAUUUGGUGUGCUCCGUCAAGACUUCGGCUCUGUCCACAACGAUCAAGGUCUACGAGCCUAUGGAUAAUUUGGCGAAAGGCAAGAAGAAGUCUGCGGUCAGCAAGAUGUUCCAGAGCGGCCAGGACAGCCUGAAGCUCUUCAAGGAAUUCUACAUCCCCGCCGAAUCGUCGUCGAUACAUUUCCUCCGUUCCACCCUUUGCGUUGGCUGUGCACGUGGUUUCGAAGUUGUGAGUCUGGAAACAACUGAGACUCAGUCACUUCUGGAUCAGGCCGACACCUCGCUCGACUUCGUUGCACGCAAGGAGAACGUCAAGCCGAUCCAUAUCGAGCGUAUGAAUGGAGAGUUCCUGCUCAACUACAGUGACUUUUCUUUCUUUGUCAACCGCAAUGGUUGGCGCGCACGCCCAGACUGGAAGAUUUCAUGGGAAGGUAAUCCUAACGCUUUCGCCCUCUCGUACCCUUACAUUCUUGCUUUCGAACCAAAUUUCAUUGAGAUCCGGCACAUUGAGACGAGUGAAUUGGUCCAUAUCAUGACCGGAAAGAACAUCCGCAUGUUGCAUUCUUCCACACGAGAGAUUCUGUAUGCCUACGAAGAUGAAUCGGGCGAGGACGUGGUAGCCAGCUUGGAUUUCUGGAACAAGCCGCAACACUAG